CGUGUAUACACGUCUAGUAAGCAGUGGGACCAGGACAGCUGAGGGGGGUUUGAAUUUCCAACUGGGACAGCCACCAAUUUACACACACGAUUACCGGUUUUCAGGGUUGACGGAUGAGUAGAUUGUAGAAGGACAGGGAGGGUUGGGGUUAACUGUCAGACACAGGUAGAGACUGUUGAUCAUUGUGUAGUAGACUGAAGGGUAGAGACUGUUGAUCAUUGUGUAGUAGACUGAAGGGUAGAGACUGUUGAUCAUUGUGUAGUAGACUGAAGGUAGAGACUGUUGAUCAUUGUGCAGUAGACUGAAGGGUAGAGACUGUUGAUCAUUGUGUAGUAGACUGAAGGGUAGAGACUGUUGAUCAUUGUGUAGUAGACUGAAGGGUAGAGACUGUUGAUCAUUGUGUAGUAGACUGAAGGGUAGAGACUGUUGAUCAUUGUGUAGUAGACUGAAGGGUAGAGACUGUUGAUCAUUGUGCAGUAGACUGAAGGGUAGAGACUGUUGAUCAUUGUGUAGUAGACUGAAGGGUAGAGACUGUUGAUCAUUGUGUAGUAGACUGAAGGGUAGAGACUGUUGAUCAUUGUGUAGUAGACUGAAGGGUAGAGACUGUUGAUCAUUGUGUAGUAGACUGAAUGGUAGAGAUUGUUGAUCAUUGUGUAGUAGACUGAAGGUUAAGGGCAGAGGAGACAGUUUUAGACCAACUAUAAUUUAGUGGUGGUGGACUUGUGGUUGGGUUAGCAUAGCUGUGGUCGAGGAGCGGUCGAAGAGCGUUCAUGGUCCUGGCUAUGGAGGACGCCUGUCCCAACGGGGUGGAGGUAGCGGUGGAGUCCCCUCCGGAUGCAGCCGGGACGGGAGAGCAAGGCGAGACAGGAGAUGGGUCGGCCGGGGAGGGGGCGGCUGCUGAGCCCACAGAGGGAGCCGAUACAUCAGGAGCGAUGCAGCAGGUGUUGAACAACCUGGGGGAGCUGCCUACCUCCACGGGGGCAAAAGACAUCGACCUCAUCUUCCUCAGAGGCAUCAUGGAGAGUCCCAUUGUACGGUCACUCAUCAAGGCCCACGAGCGAUUGGAGGACGUGAGGCUGGAGGCGGUGCAGGACAACAACGUGGAGCUGGUCACAGACAUCCUGGGCGACAUCACCGCCCUCAGCGUCCGCGACGACAGAGCAGCGGAACUCUCCCGAAUCCUCCAGGAGCCCCACUUCCAGUCCCUCCUGGAGGCCCACGACAUGGUAGCCUCUAAGUGCUAUGAGGCUGUGCCCCCAGCAGAGCUGUCCAAUGAGGCGCUGGUGAACAGUGCUCUGAUGCAGGCCGACGCUGUACGCAUGAUCGGCAUCCGGAAGAAGGCUGGAGAACCACUGGGAGUGACGUUCAGAGUGGAGAAGGAGGAGCUGGUCAUCGCUAGGAUCCUCCACGGAGGAAUGAUUGACAGGCAGGGUCUGCUACACGUGGGUGACAUCAUAAAGGAAGUGAAUGGGCGGGACGUAGGGAACAACCCCACUGAGCUGCAGGAGAUGCUGAAGGACUGCAGCGGAGGAAUCACUCUGAAGAUACUGCCUAGUUAUAGAGAUGCACCUGCCCCACCACAGGUGUACGUGCAACCACACUUUGACUACGAUCCAGCCAAUGACCAUCUGAUCCCGUGUCGAGAGGCGGGGAUUGGCUUCAAGAGGGGGGACCUCCUUCAGAUUGUCAACAGAGAGGACCCCAACUGGUGGCAGGCAUGUCAUGUGGUUGGUGGAGCCACUGGACUGAUCCCCAGUCAGUUUCUGGAGGAGAAGAGGAAAGCCUUCGUCCCACGAGACUUUGACGGCUCAGGGAUCUUGUGUGGUACAAUAACUGGAAAGAAAAAGAAGAAAAUGAUGUACCUAACAGCCAGGAACGCAGAGUUUGACAGGCACGAGUUGCAGAUCUAUGAGGAGGUGGCCAAGAUGCCCCCGUUCCAGAGGAAGACCUUGGUUCUGAUUGGAGCGCAGGGGGUGGGCCGCCGUAGCCUCAAGAACCGACUGGUGGUCCUCAACCCAACACACUACGGAACCACCAUCCCCUUCACCUCCCGGCGUCCCCGUGACGAUGAGCUGGACGGUAACUCAUACCAGUUCGUAACACGGACGGAGAUGGAGGCGGACGUGAAGGCGGGCCGUUACCUGGAGCACGGCGAGUACGACGGGAACCUCUACGGAACCAAGAUGGACUCCAUCCACGAGGUGGUGGACACGAGACGAACCUGCAUCCUGGACGUCAACCCACAGGCUCUGAAGGUACUAAAGACUGCAGAGUUCAUGCCGUAUGUGGUGUUCAUCGCAGCACCAGAGUUUGAGACGCUCAAGGCCAUGCACAAAGCUACGGUGGACGCCGGAAUCACCACCAAACAACUCACGGAUGUGGAUCUGAGGAAGACUGUUGAUGAGAGUGCUCGUAUCCAGAGGGCCUACAACCACUACUUCGACCUCAUCAUCACCAACGACAACCUGGACCGCGCCUUCCAGACGCUACAGGCUGCCGUCGACAAACUCUGCUCCGAACCACAGUGGGUCCCCGUUAACUGGGUCUACUGAACCCCAACCGGACACGGUCUGACUGGGUCUACUGAACCCCGACCGGACACUGUCUGACUGGGUCAACUGAACCCCGACCGGACACUGUCUGACUGGGUCAACUGAACCCCGACCGGACACUGUCUGACUGGGUCAACUGAACCCCGACCGGACACUGUCUGACUGGGUCAACUGAACCCCGACCGGACACUGUCUGACUGGGUCAACUGAACCCCGACCGGACACUGUCUGACUGGGUCAACUGAACCCCGACCGGACACUGUCUGACUGGGUCAACUGAACCCCGACCGGACACUGUCUGACUGGGUCUACUGAACCCCAACCGGACACUGUCUGGCUGGGUCUACUGAACCCCAACCGGACACUCUGACUGGGUCAACUGAACCCCAACCGGACACUGUCUGACUGGGUCUACUGAACCCCAACCGGACACUGUCUGGCUGGGUCUACUGAACCCCAACCGGACACUGUCUGACUGGGUCAACUGAACCCCAACCGGACACUGUCUGACUGGGUCUACUGAACCCCAACCGGACACUGUCUGACUGGGUCUACUGAACCCCAACCGGACACUGUCUGGCUGGGUCUACUGAACCCCAACCGGACACUGUCUGACUGGGUCAACUGAACCCCGACCGGACACUGUCUGACUGGGUCAACUGAACCCCGACCGGACACUGUCUGGCUGGGUCAACUGAACCCCAACCGGACACUGUCUGACUGGGUCUACUGAACCCCAACCGGACACUGUCUGGCUGGGUCAACUGAACCCCGACCGGACACUGUCUGACUGGGUCUACUGAACCCCAACCGGACACUGUCUGACUGGGUCAACUUGCCCGUGCGUGUUCAACCACCGAGGUAGGGGAAAGGACAUGAGAAAGGGGGUUGGUAAUCUGUGGUACUCUGACGGGGGGAAACCAACCAAACCAAGCGCCGCCUCCUCUCUCCUUACUUCCUGCACACAAUGCAACUGUUUUCUUCAGGAAACUCGAAGGGAAAGACUUCUUAUAUAUUUUGGUAUUUUGUAACUUUUUAUGAACAAUCUUUCUAUUCAUACCAACCUGGAAUUCAAAAACAUGAAAAAAUAAACAUCAAGGCCAAACAUUUGAGCCAUAUUUUUUAAUUGAUUUGUUAUUACGUUAGUUUUUUUGUAGUUGUAUCCCUGAGAACGAAUGAUGUUUUCUCUUCUUGUCUGGGGACUGCUCUAGAAAGAGUAUUUAUUAUUGUUAUAUCAACACAGGUCAAGAAUGAAGAUGAGACACUAUGCAAUAUUCCAGAACUCUGAGCAGUGUUGCCAAGGAAAGCUUUUUACAGCGCAUGUCAUUGCUAUGACAACUAGUGUGUCUCAGACCAAAUCCUGUGGACACCCCUUGUGUGAUUGUCGUAGACCCCUCCCCCCUCCAAAUACCCUACAGUGUACUGUUAGGCUACCCCCUGACGUUUGUAUUUACCUCUUUAGAAUUGUCUAGAACUUGUCUGAAUAUCUAUCCCUCACACAUCCUACAAAGAGAAUGAAAGGAAAAGAGCUUUACACUUUACAUUGUACUAUUGAAUAUCAGCAUUUAAACACGGUGUUUCUUCGUUUUUCUUUUACUACCGUAGGAUUCACUGUCUUUUGUGGCUAUGAUGAUCUUUUUUAGCUUAGUGACUCUUUUUGUCUCCCAUGAUCCAUUGCUUUGUGUUUUCUAUAUUGAACAGACUACAUCCUGUUUUUACCAUUCACCAUCUACCCUGAUCUGUAUGUAAGGUGCUUGACGUUUUUUUAAUUAGUUGAUGUGGCACGAAACAAUACUAUCCCACAGUCCUCCUCCAGUGUCUCCCACAGUCCUCCUCCAGUGUCUCCCACAGUCCUCCUCCGGUGUCUCGCAGAGUGUCUCCCACAGUCCUCCUCCGGUGUCUCCCACAGUCCUCCUCCGGUGUCUCCCACAGUCCUCCUCCGGUGUCUCCCACAGUCCUCCUCCGGUGUCUCCCACAGUCCUCCUCCGGUGUCUCCCACAGUCCUCCUCCGGUGUCUCGCAGAGUGUCUCCCACAGUCCUCCUCCGGUGUCUCCCACAGUCCUCCUCCGGUGUCUCGCAGAGUGUCUCCCACAGUCCUCCUCCGGUGUCUCCCACAGUCCUCCUCCGGUGUCUCACAGAGUGUCUCCCACAGUCCUCCUCCGGUGUCUCUCACAGUCCUCCUCCGGUGUCUCCCACAGUCCUCCUCCGGUGUCUCCCACAGUCCUCCUCCGGUGUCUCCCACAGUCCUCCUCCGGUGUCUCCCACAGUCCUCCUCCGGUGUCUCCCACAGUCCUCCUCCGGUGUCUCCCACAGUCCUCCUCCGGUGUCUCCCACAGUCCUCCUCCGGUGUCAAAGCACCAAAGCCCUCCUGUGCUGUAACCCAAAUACUAUAUUCUGACCGUUUUCUGUGGUCAUUCUGAACAAAGUCCAAACUGGUGUCCUACAACAACCUUGUGUUUUGAAACACAUGUCUAAAGCAAUACAUUGUUACAUUAAAUUGACAGAAAUUAA